UCUAACAAGUGUAAAUGUACAUGAACAGCAGAGAUUCAAGUGGCAGUGAAGACAUAAACGGAUUGAAACUGGGUAUAAGCCAUAUCCACAUUGAAGAAUUAGCCAGCCCAAACAAGUGAAGAUAUAAGCCUGUGUGGGUGAGAAUAGAGCACAAUGUUCCAAGCUAAGGGACAAUCCAGUACAGCCUCUUCUAAUGAAGCAAAAAGCAACACGGGGACAUCUAUUGUACAGAGAUCCAAGUCAUUCAGCAUGAAGGCCCAGGUGAAAGAGACAUGCAGUGCCUGCCAGAAAACUGUCUAUCCUAUGGAGCGCCUGGUGGCUGAUAAAUUUGUCUUCCAUAACUACUGCUUUUGCUGUAAGCAUUGCCACACCAAGCUAAGCUUGGGUAGUUAUGCAGCUCUCCACGGGGAAUUCUACUGCAAGCCACAUUACCAGCAGCUGUUCAAGAGCAAAGGCAACUAUGAUGAAGGUUUUGGGCGCAAGCAGCACAAGCAACUCUGGCUGCAGAAAGAGGUGGAAAAUGGUCUGUGUUGCGGAACUGAGGAAAGGAGCAGAUGUUCUUUCAAACAACCAAGUUUGGCUUCCUUUUUAGUGCUGCAAAAUUGAAUAGGAAUGAAAUCAUUCAACAUUUUGGAAUGGUGAUGUAAAGUGUUAAGUUCAGAUACUAAAAGCUAAAAAUGGAUAUAAGGCAUCAAUUUUUUUUCCUGAACUGUAGCAUGAUUUAACUUGUUAUAUAGUUUACUACUAAAACAAAAAACCAACUGGCAAAGAGAAAAUCUCCAAUGAGGGAGAUUUGAACUUCUGCUGAGAUCUUGGAGGAUCAUAACCAAGAAUAAGACUUCAAUAUGUUACUUCCAGCCAGGGAUUCGGGCAGCAUAAUCUGCAUUAUGCCGGGAUGUGCUGAACUAUUUUUGGGUAGUUAGCAUAAGCGCUGUUCCAAUAUGAAGGUGGGUGGAAUAUUUUUGAGUACAUUCUUCAAUCCUGAAGCAUCUACUAAGGAAUUGGACAAUGAUUCCUUCUCCUUAUUUGGCCAGUAGUAAGUAUAACAGAAGCUAUCAAAUUUCUUGAUUCUCUGAAAACUAAAAAAGCACUAGCACUCACUGAAUUAAUUACACGAAAUUCAGACUGAAUGUAUCAAUAUCCAUGUAUAUACAUCUAUACUGUGUUGCUAGCAUUUCCAGAAACCAAGUAAGAAAGCACUAAUGGUUCAAAGUUAUCCCAUGAAAUUGGAAUUGGGUCCCCUCACCUGUGCCAAUAAAAGUAUAUAGAAGGAUUCCAAUAAAAUUGGGAUUGGCCCACCUCAUCUGUGGCAGUAGAAGGGGAAUUUUGCUAGCAGGGCCCAGGAGAAGAAUCUUUCCUGCUAUGGCUCCUGCCCUCUGGAACAUUACGCUCCCUGAGGUGAGAUCUGAUCCCACCCUUUUGGCUUUCUGAAAGGAUCUGAAAACCUGGCUCUGCAAAUUGGCCCCAGACCCCGAUUGGGGAGUGUUAUAUUGGAAGUGGUUAAUGGAUAAAGAUAAUACUCUUUUCUACCCUAUAUGUGUAUCUUGCUCCCUUUCUUGCCAUCUUUGUUAAUUCUGUCAAUUUUAAUGUUAAUAUUUUAAAAACUAUUUUAAUGUUUUAUCUUGCUGCUUGUAUUUUGUUAUAAGCUGCCUAGAAUCAUCUCUAGAUAAGAUGGGUAGCAUACACAUUUAAUAAACAAACAACUUAUUGGACCUGAGGAAGUAGACAGGAGCCUCGGGACUAUUAGUAGAUCCCUCCCCCCCCAAUCUUUAGAUCCAUGCCUAUUCUGGCUUGUUAAAGCGGCCUAGAGAUAAGGUGCUGUGUGAAUGGGCUGUGGCAAUGAUUAAUUCUUGAGGGAAGGGAUUGUUCUUUUAUCUUUUAGAUUCACCCCUUCUUCAAGAAGCAAUUGCUGAACGCUACCAUUCCGGACAAUUUGCAUUCAGUAUAUUGCUUCUAUUUUGGGGGAAAGGUAGUUGUGCUGCAGCUUCAGAAGACCGUGGAAGAAGUGAAUUUACAUCCCUUUCAGUCAUGAUUAAGAUCUGGGUAUGGACGAAAACAGCACUGCUUGCAUUUUUGAAUGACUUCUGGCUUAGAUGGGAUCUAUGGGAUCAAGCAGGUAUCCACAACCUACUUGAACUCUUUGCAGCUUUUGAUACCACUAACCAUGAUAUCCUUCUGGGUCAGUUCAGAGGAUUUGGGGUGAGGGCAUGUUGUUCGCCUCUUUCCUUCUGGGUUGGUUCCAACUGGUGAUGAUUGGGAAGGCGAGGUCCCUACCUCAGCCUCUGUUUUGUAGGAUGCCAUAGGGUUUGAUAUUUUCUCCUCUCCCUCAUAAACAUCUAUGUGUGGUUGCUGAGUGAACUCAUCCAUCCCACUGGCUGAGAUAUCAUCAGUAUACAUAUGAUACACAAUUCUGUAUCUCCACCCCUGGCAAAUAAAGUGAAGCUGUGAAUUCAUAUCCUAAUGCUUGGAGAUCGUGAGGGUCUGGGUGGUUUGGCAAGACUGAAUGGCUGGAUUUUGGGGCCCAUUGUUUCAAGGACUAUGCCAUCUUUGGUAGUGGAUUGUGUUACAUACACACAGAUCUUAUGUGCAACUUGGACAACCUAGACUCAUGACCCCUGAUCAAUGAGCAGGUGGCAGUUGUGGCUAGGAGGCCUAAGCUGCAGGUACAAUCAGCUAAGGGCCUACAUAUGGUGGGCUCCUGGAGAUGUGCCUUCUCUGCCACAGUGCCUGCCUUAUGAAACAUUAUUCCUAUCCAAAAUUAAAUUGGGUCCACCCAUAUAUAUUCUGAAAGGGUCUCAAUACAUGACUAUCUGACCAGGCCUGGGGCUCCCAGGAACCAGAGACAUGCUUAGAUGACUCCCUUGCUGUGCUCAUUGCUUUUAUUCCCUGUUUGCCCAGGUUUUGUAUUUCUUUUUAUGUAAUUAUUGCUAUUUGAUUUUUAUUUUUUAUAUUUGUGAUUUUGUAUGUAGUUUUACCUGUUUGUUGUGCUCCCAGAGCCACCUUCAGUGAGAGGGGCAGUUAUAUAAUCUUGUUUAUAAAUAAACUAAAUAAAUAUUUGCUCA